UCCUAUUUGAACCAAUGAAAAAGAUAUCGGCCUAUGUUUUGAUAUAAUCAAAACGAUGAUCAGAAUCAAUAAAGGCUUUGAACAAAUAUUUACUCUUGGAGGCCCUGAGUGUUUUUUUUAUUAUUGUUUUCUUGAAAAGGGAGUCAAGCCACAGUUUUUCUUGCGGGCUGUCACAGAAAAAAAAAUUUUUUUUUUUUAUGUUAUAAAAAGCGGGCAAUGGUUCAUUUCUGUUCAUCUUUCUCUUUCUCGCAUUUUAAUAGUAAAAAUGGCUCCUGUCAAGACCACCCCUGUUGCUGUCAAGAAGUCCAAGUUCAUCAUUGACUGUUCUGGUCCUGCCAAUGACAAGAUCUUCGAUGCCGCUGCUUUCGAAAAGUAUCUUCAUGACCGUAUCAAGGUUGAUGGUCGUACUAACAACCUCGGUGAAGCCAUUGCCAUCUCUCGCUCUGCUGACAACAAGAUCACUGUCGUUGCCAACAUUGCUUUCUCCAAGCGUUACCUCAAGUACCUCACCAAGAAGUUCUUGAAGAAGAACCAAAUCCGUGACUGGCUCCGUGUUAUUGCUACUGACAAGCAAACCUUCGAACUUCGUUACUUCAACAUCGCCAACGAUGAAAACGAAGAAGAUGAGGAAUAAA